AUGAAUUACCUAGAAAGUCAUUUGAAAAGAUGUCCAAUGUUAGUAUCUUGCGAAUCCUGGGAAUGUUCUCGUUGCGGGAGAAAAUACAGUAGUAAAGAUUAUCGUAUUGCACACGAGAAGGAUUGUGGGAAUCCCGAAACUUCAAAACGUCUGGUCAACAUCAGUGUGAAAUUUAAACAAUGUCAACAUUGUGGUAAAAUAUUUACAAGAGGAGACAAUUUUACGAGUCAUGAAAGAAUACAUAGUGGAGAACGUCCAUAUCAAUGUCUACAUUGUGAUAAGACAUUUACACGACAGGGUGACAUGAAGAUACACGAAAGAAUACAUAGUGGAGAACGUCGAUAUCAAUGUCGACAUUGUGAUAAGACAUUUACACGGCAAAAUGACAUGAAGAAACACGAAAGAAUACAUACUGGAGAACGUCCAUAUCAAUGUCGACAUUGUGAUGAGACAUUUACACGGCAAGAUCACAUGAAGAUACACGAAAGAAUACAUAGUGGAGAACGUCCAUAUCAAUGUCGACAUUGUGAUAAGACAUUUACACGGCAAGGUAACAUGAAGAUACACGAAAGAAUACAUAGUGGAGAACGUCCAUAUCAAUGUCGACAUUGUGAUAAGACAUUUACACGGCAAUAUGACAUGAAGAAACACGAAAGAAUACAUAGUGGAGAACGUCCAUAUCAAUGUCGACAUUGUGAUAAGACAUUUACACGGCAAGAUCACAUGAAGAUACACGAAAGAAUACAUAGUGGAGAACGUCCAUAUCAAUGUCUACAUUGUGAUAAGACAUUUACACGACAGGGUGACAUGAAGAUACACGAAAGAAUACAUAGUGGAGAACGUCCAUAUCAAUGUCGACAUUGUGAUAAGACAUUUACACGGCAAAAUGACAUGAAGAUACACGAAAGAAUACAUAGUGGAGAACGUCCAUAUCAAUGUCGACAUUGUGAUAAGACAUUUACACGACAGGGUGACAUGAAGAUACACGAAAGAAUACAUAGUGGAGAACGUCCAUAUCAAUGUCGACAUUGUGAUAAGACAUUUACACGGCAAGGUAACAUGAAGAUACACGAAAGAAUACAUAGUGGAGAACGUCCAUAUCAAUGUCGACAUUGUGAUAAGACAUUUACACGGCAAUAUGACAUGAAGAAACACGAAAGAAUACAUAGUGGAGAACGUCCAUAUCAAUGUCGACAUUGUGAUAAGACAUUUACACGGCAAGAUCACAUGAAGAUACACGAAAGAAUACAUAGUGGAGAACGUCCAUAUCAAUGUCUACAUUGUGAUAAGACAUUUACACGACAGGGUGACAUGAAGAUACACGAAAGAAUACAUAGUGGAGAACGUCCAUAUCAAUGUCGACAUUGUGAUAAGACAUUUACACGGCAAAAUGACAUGAAGAUACACGAAAGAAUACAUAGUGGAGAACGUCCAUAUCAAUGUCGACAUUGUGAUAAGACAUUCGCAGAUCAAAGUGGCUGGAAGCGGCACGAAAGAAUACAUAGUGGAGAACGUCCAUAUCAAUGUCGACAUUGUGAUGAGACAUUCGCAGAUCAAAGUGGCUGGAAGCGGCACGAAAGAAUACAUAGUGGAGAACGUCCAUAUCAAUGUCGACAUUGUGAUAAGACAUUCGCAGAUCAAAGUGGCUGGAAGCGGCACGAAAGAAUACAUAGUGGAGAACGUCCGUAUCAAUGUCGACAUUGUGAUAAGACAUUUACACGGCAAGGUAACUUGAAGAGACACGAAGGAACACACGGACAGAAGAGCUAUUUUGUUUAG